AUGACCGAAAAGUACGACGGCAACGGGGACUACUCCUCGUACAAUGAGGAAGACAGCAAUGAGUAUGGCGGAGGCGGCGGCAGCGGAGGCGGAGGCAAGCCGCGCAAAAGUGUGGGCAGUGGCGGCGCCCACAAUGGCGACAGCGGUGUCCACGAUCAUCAUGGCGGCCCCGAGGGCAGCGCCAAUGUGCAGCUGAAUGAGAAGGCCAGCGAAUACAUACGCGACUGCAUGGCCGAGAAGAAUCGCAUGGACAGAAAGUUUCCAAUUGCCGAGAAGCUGUUGGAGGGCGAGAUUGAAAAGGUGCAGACCACCGGACGCAUACCGUCGCGGGAGCAAAAGUACGCCGACAUCUAUCGCGAGAAGCCGUUGCGCAUAUCGCAGCGGGUUUUGGUUCCCAUACGCGAGCAUCCCAAGUUCAACUUUGUGGGCAAGCUGCUUGGACCCAAGGGCAACUCGUUGCGUCGCCUGCAAGAGGAAACGCUGUGCAAGAUGACUGUGCUUGGCCGCAACUCGAUGAGGGAUCGCGCCAAGGAAGAGGAGCUGCGCAGCUCCAAGGAUCCCAAGUACGCGCAUUUGAACAGCGACCUGCACGUCGAAAUAUCAACAAUUGCCCCACCCGCAGAGGCAUAUGCGCGCAUUGCGUAUGCCAUGGCCGAGCUGCGCAAGUAUUUGAUACCGGACAGCAACGACAUCAUACGGCAGGAGCAGCUGCGCGAGCUAAUGGACAGCACCAGCCUCAACGACAACGACAACACCAACACCAAGAACAGCUACAAGAAGAUGCCGCACAUGCAAAACGCCAGCGUUGGUGCCAAUGCCAUAACUGGAUCUGGGCCUGGGCCGGGCAACGCUGGAGGUGGCGGCGUGGGCAUACCCAAAAAUGUAGCCCAUCACAGUUACAGAGGCUCCCAGCAGACAUCGUUUAGCAAAAAUGUAUUGGCCCCCAAGCAAAAGGUUAUGUCGAUUCUCGAAAAGGCCCGAACAGCAAUGGACGAAACCUACGGCCGGGGUUAUGACGACGGUAUUGCCUAUGAUCCACAUCAGUCCUACGACGCCUACAGCUAUGCAUCUCAUAGCGGACACGGACACGGGCCCCACGGGCCGCCCAACAACAUCUUGGGCGGCGUUGGCAACAUCAGUGGCGUCGGUGGCGGAGCACGCGGUGGCCACUACGAAACUCAAGAUUAUGAAACGGACUACGCAAGACGGGACUACUACCAGCACUCGCCCGGAUAUGCAGCUGGCGGCUCGGCGGCGCAAUCAAACCCAAACAACUCAACAGGCCUAAAUUCAAAUCAUAAUCGCAGUCAUGUUAAUAGGUGAAAUUUGCUGGGGUCUAGCAACGCCAGCCGCGAUGGAGAUGGUGUGAGAGGCACAGACAGUGCGACAAGUCCUAUACCGAAAACCCACAAUCUGAUCAGGAAAGCCCAAUUUGGUAACAUCAGCAAAAGCAAAAACAACAAACACAACAGCAGCAACACGUUCGUGCCAAGCUAUGAUAAACAUGAACACAAGCAUAACAACAACAGUAGCGGCUGCUUACAGCAGCAGCAACAACAACAGACACAACAACAUGCCCCACAACAAUCGAUGGUACAGCAACAACAUUCACAGAGAAUAUACCCACCGCACAACAGUUACAACAACAAAAACAGCAACAAUAACUACAAUCACUUGAGUAGGAAAAAUUAUAACAAUUCCAUCGAUGCAACAACGACGACGUUAUCAAUAGCUUCUUGUACACUAAACCAAAUGGAUCAGGCGAAUGGCCAAACGAAUGCUGCAGUUGGCAGCAAUCUCACCAUCCACAACAACAACAACAACAACAACCACAGCAGCAGCAACAACAACAACAUUCACACAUUAGGCAGUAAAAACAAGAACAACAUGCAAAACAACCAGAACAACACAACAACUGUUACUGCGCCCAGUAUGCUAUUAGUAAGGUAUUAAAAAGCAAUUAAGAGCAUAAUUAAUCAAAUGGAUAUUACAACAACAGUCCCUUGUCCAGACCAGUUCAGAACUCCUUCACCGUUCCUUGCACAUCCAAACGCUUGUCCACGGCUGAUAUGCUACAAAUGUAAAUACAUAGAUCGAUUUCGUGAUGGCUGCUUGCUUCAAUAUAUCGAUAUACUAUAUCCACCUAUACAUAUCUAGCGCAUAUUCUAUAUAUAUAUAUAUAUGAAUAUUUAUCCUCAAGUUAAACCUCAUCAUGAUAAUCUAUUUAUUUACAUUCGCCAAAAGCCGUUGACUAGAGACACUCACACACAAUUGAAAUUUGUCUAAAUACUCUUAACUUGCAUUCUCUUACAGCCCUACUUAUCCUACGCUUCAUUUUCGCGAGAUUCCGUUCUUGCCAGUGCAGUUUUUCUAAGCCACAUUCAAAUCUAACAGAUACAAUAACAGCAAAUACAGCAACAAAAUACAGCUAACAACAAUAACAACAAAUCAAGAGACAACAUCACAAAUACUUUGUACACUAAGAGGGAAGAAUAUUUACAAACGAAAAACUUAAGAUAUACAUACUUAUAUAUGUAUAUAUAUAAAUAUAUAUACUAAAUACAAACAUAUACAAUAUAUACAUUAAAAUAUAUAUAUACAUAUAUAUAUAUAUAUUUUUGAGUGCAAGGAAAUCGUUGGAUGACACAGCUGGAUCUACAAAUUGAUAUUUUACCUUGUGUUGGCUGGUGGACGAUGGACAAUUUAUGCCAAGGAUAUAUUGUCCGGUUUUUUAAUCUAUAUUUACACAAAGAGCAAAACAUCUUUAAGAUACUCGUAUUAAAAGUGCGUGCAUAAAUAACAAAUUAUCAAGAGAUAUAACCGUUAAAUACUUAGAUAAGCACAGCUUAAAGCUGGCUCUGAUACUUUGACAUAUAUAACAAGCGUAAUACUAAUAUAUAUAUAUACAUACAUAUAUUUAUUGCAAAUCUGCUAAAAGAACAAAAUGUAAACCUCUCAAAUACAUGCGCACACACUGCUCGAUCUCCAGAACAGAACGCACAUGUCUUUAAAAGAAGCCCAAGUUAAUCAAUUCGGUUACUAAUUUGAGAAUCGAGUCAAGUAACUACAAAUUCCUGCUUAAUUUUUUAAUACCAUAGCUUCAGACGAUUUAGUUUAUAUUAAGACAAUUCUCUUCUGGAGAUAGAGGCUUGUGUGCUGAACGUGCUGUGGGUUUGCAAAUCUAUGAGAUUAAUUACGUGAAACUAAAUAAUUGGGCACACUUAAAUUAAAUAUUAAUAUAUAUAUAUAUAUAAAUAAAUAUAUACAAAUACAGAAUUGAAUAUUUACAUUCGAGCAAGAAAUAAAUAAAUGAUUGAUCAAAUAAAAGUAAAAUGCUAUUUAUAAAAUAUUAAUAUGAAUAAAAUACUCAUAACUUAAUAUACAUACAUAUUUAUAUUAAUCAGAGAUUGUGGGAUGAAGCCCAUAUGUGGAUAAUGCUGCAAAUGAUUACUUUAUUGAAACAAACAAAAGAACACUAACACUAAAAUAUUGUAACAAAUAAUACUCAAUGAAUUUACUCAACUAAGCUCAGAAUAUUUAUCCCAAUUGUAUUUUCUACUUUAGUAAGUCCACUUUUUCAUUUUGAUUUAUACUUUUUUUUUUGUUAAUUGACUAAAAAAUUGUGUGAUGAAAAGAAAUUUCGAAUGUGGCACGAGACUUGCUUGUGCCCUAAAAGUGAAUAUGAAAUACAUUGAGACAGAGAGAAUGUUAGAGUUUGUGCCAAAUGUAAUAAACAAUUGAUGGAGAAGUCAAGUUUUCAGAAACACAAUCUUCCAGUUCGAUGAUCCGUGACAUUGUUUAUGCGAGUCGGAAUAAGUAUUCUGCAUUGACUAUUUGUGAAUUUCCUGCUGCAUUGCAACACAGUCGAAAUGUUUUUAAAUUAUUAUUUUGUUUAACUUAUAAGCUGAGCCAAGCGACAUGAGCAUAAAGAACAUAAAGUCUAACCUAUUGUUAGUAAAGUGCAAACAUAAUGAAAUCAGAUAAAAAUAAAUAUCUUGUCCAAAAAUGCAAAUUGUUGCAACUAAAGCAAAAAACUUAAGAAAUAUUUACUUAUAAACAUGUGAAAGUUGAAUUGUUAAAAACAAUUAAAAUCUAGAUUGUAUAACAAUAUCAGUAAUAAAGUAAUAAAUUCAUUUAUUUCAAGUAAAUAUUGUUAUUAUUAUGCUAAUAUAACUAAUAAACAUGCAUACUUAAAAGCGGUUCGCGAAACCCAAAUACAGAACUUAAAUUAUAUAUUAAUAAUACUUAAAUGAAUGGCAAAAAGUUAAAACACAUUUACAAUGCAAACUAUAAUAAUCAAUACUAAAAAUUCCCCGCCCUAAAAACAAUAAAAAAAUAUGAAAACGAGUUUGAAAUCGAAACAAUUAAAAUAUUGAGAUAUU